UGAUUCACUUUGUCUCGCUCGCCUAACACUUACCCCACACACACUCUUAUCAUCCUUUCUUCUACCCUUUAUUAACUCAUCUCCCUCCUCUCCUCUCCUCUCCUCUCCACAAUAAUCAAAUCCAUGUUCUAGCUCUGCUGUACAGUUAACCUUAAGAACAGGUUUUUUUUCAAAAUUAUCAUUUAAUUGGUUGUUUGUUGGGAAGAAACGAUGAAUCAGUGGGCGAUUCAGCCAAAGGCUUUCGCUGCGGGAGGAGAGCAGAGUGUUGUAGUUUGCCCAAAACCCCGUCGUAUUGGUCUCGGUAACCAUCUCCACCAUCCCUCCUCCCGCUCUCUGCGAUGUUACUUCAGCCAGCAAGUUGAAUCCAAGGCUGAGACUGAUAUCUUAGAUAUCAUACUCACCAAGGAACAAGUUAAUCACUCGCAGGUAUUAGACUCGCCGUCCCCGUUUUUAUGUGGGUCGCCGCCGAGUAGAGUCGCUAACCCAUUAACACAGGAUGCUCGUUUCAGAGAUGAAAUCAAGCUGGUCUCUUCUUCCCCGAUCACGACUCCGCUGGGCCAACCUCCGUCGUCCCCUUCUUCCUCUGGGAGGAAAGGAGGAUGUGUUAGAGGCAAUUUUGGUAACAGCCCAGCGGUUAGGAUCGAAGGGUUUGAUUGCCUUGACAGGGACAGUAGAAACUGCAGCAUCCCUGCCUUGGCUUAGAAACCAAACCAACCUCGAAAACGCAUCCACUCUGUUGAAUUAUCUCAUGAAAACCAAUUUAGUGCGUCGUACAUAUAUGAGUUUAAGGAUAUGGAAAUGUGUGGAAUAUAAUCUUUGAGGGAAGUGAAAGAGCAUGUGAGAUCAAUCUUUUGGAGUUUGGUUGUUUUGUUUUUAAAGAGUGUAAAUAGGUGACGGAGUAAAACCGAUUUUCUGGGUUAAGUUUUUAGUAUUCGUGGUCAUUUUGUAAGUAUAAGUAUCAAGUCUAAAGAUGAAUCGUUGAGGAUAAGGAAGAAUAACAUUUGAAGGUCAGGUUUUCUUGUGUAAAGAGAGAUCGAGAUAGAAAAGUGCAUUUUGGGUAUUUUCUACUUUUGUUUUUGUUUCUAUUAUGUGUUCAUGUUGGUUAUGAAGAUGAGAAAGAAGAAUUUGUACAAAAGGAAAGAAAUUUAAAUGAUGUAAAUUUUACUUUUGAAUUC